AGACUCUUAGAGAGUAUGUUUUAUUGCUUUUUAUUUGUGCAUUGUGCAAACUAUGAGACAUUAUCUAGGCUGUCAAGAAUGUUGCUCAAGGUUUCUGUUGUGUUGUUCUUUAUAGCAGUUACUGCACAGGGACAAGAACCGACAAAUCCAGAACAGAAAUUAGAAGCCAUUGAACGUCUCGUCAAAAGUAUUAAUGCAGGAAUCGAACUGAAGGAUUUGAAGCAGUUGGCAGAAGAACUCAACCGAGACUUAAAUGAAAUCAACAAUUACAGUCAAAGUUAUUUAAAUGAGCUCACUAACACUAAUCCAUCAAGUGCCAGCGACCAGGAUUUGUUCAAGCGACUUCACAAUGAAUUCUCUGUUAUAUUCUUAGUAUUUGACAAGCUGAACAGUGCAUUCAGUCCACCUUCCUACAGUGUAUGGACAACUCUGUUGGCUAAUGUGCACGAUACUUUGCUCGAGAUUGCCAGACUUUCAAGCAUUUUAUUAGAUCGCUCUCAAGGUUCCAGCCAGAUUGUCCGGUACAAACGUUCUUAUGGUUAUAAACCUCCAUAUUAUCCUCCACCACCUCCACCACCUCCACCACCUCCACCAUGCUAUGGAUAUCAGUGCCAUGGUUAAGUUAAAACGUUGUUUUUAGUACAAGAAAUUGUUUUGAAAGUAAAAUUAAAAACAUCCAAUACUUCCAUCUC